AUAGGGACAUCUGUAGGAUAUCAUUUUACCGAUAUCUUUUCUGCGUCAUCUCAUGGAUAUCUUCAAGUUGUUCUAAAUAAAGUUAUUGCGCCUCAAUUUAGAAGGUUAUCGUCAAGUUAUCUUUAAUAGUGUUGUCUUCUGUAUAACUAUAAUAUGUUAAAAAAUAGAUGUCUGAAAAUUUCUAAUCAAACACUAUCAAUCAUUUGAUGUCCAAUGGUUAUCGUUAAUUACGAUAUCGAUUAGGUGCCACAGGAAGUUUGCAAUAAGAUAUCGAAAACUUGAGAGACGUGAUAAAAUCAUAAUGAGAACGUUUGCGAUCGGCGAUCCCUUUUUUGUACUACCACACUGCAAUAGCGAGCACCCAACCUACAAUGUACAAUUCACCUGGAGCACAGAAUCAGUUUCAUCAGAGUCAGAGGUUGCGGACAAGAGGUUCUGGACGGGCUAUGACAUUCGUGGUGCCUGCAGGAAACCAGAACUCAGGGAAAGGGCGUAGUCAAUUAAUGCCAUCAAUAAUGCAGCCGCAUCGUGGAGCCACAUUUACAGCGAAUCUCCCUGGACACAUGAUGCCUGCAGAGUUUGAACAAGUUGCACAAAGAGGUUAUAGUUGUCUGUCCACACCGUUGUCAUCUACAUCAGAAGGUUUACCAAAAAACACUACUAGUAGGACUAACGUAAAACGUAAAUCAAUGGAGAAAGAUGGGAAAUACCAUGUAAAUACUGCAGCCAAAAUGCCUAAAUUCACAGGAAAUUUUGAAACCAGCACUGAGCAAUUUCAUGAAUCUGCAAAUUCUAAAACACCUGUUUCAUUUCAUCACAAUUCGCUUGUUUUGAAACCAGUUAAUUCUGAAAUUCUAAAAUCUCUCCAAAGAUCUGUUCCGACAGGAACGAAGCCUGCUCUAACAAAAACUGCUUGUGGUGGACUUCCAGAAGGCCACAAGGAAAAUAAUGUUCCAUCGCAUGAAUACUGUUAAUCCAAUAGAUGCAAUGAUGACACCAUCUCCGUUGACACAGCAAGUUUUCGCCCAGAUAGCAAAAAAGUCUACUUUUGUAAAAACUGCUUGUGGUGGACUUCCAGAACGCCGUAAAAAAAAAUAAUGUUCCAUCGCAUGAAUUACCUGGAGGAACAACUGUUGAUCUCAGGGAUGAAAUGAAGACACCACCUCCGUUACCACCAGAUUUUUUCGCCCAGUCAUUUAGUCCGUCAAAUAAUUCUACUGGUUCUCAAAUUGAAGAAAACGUGGACACUGAAUUGGAUGACACUGAAACUAUUAUACAAGAAGGAGCUAACGUGGACGAAAACGGAGUUGAUAUACUACAGCAUGCCCUAAAUCAAAGUUUUUUGUAUGCAGGACAAUAUGCUGCACCUGAAGAAACAGGUAAUGAAGAAGAUUUGGCCAUUGAUCCACAAUUAUUGCAUCGUACAGAAAAUAAUGAAUCUGAAAAUGACAACGAAGGCAACCAUGCUGCUGGUGUACGAAUGCAAGACACAGAAAUCAAUGAAAAUGAUGAUAAUAAUAGAAAUGCAGCACAGGUAGCUGUAAAUCAAAACCAAACAAAUAUGUAUGCGCCUGUAAAUCAAAAUCGAAGAAAUUCAAUUGCUUAUUUGCAAGAAGAAAACCACCAUCCAGAUAAGUGCUAAGUAUUGCUUUAUAAAUUUUACUUAAAUGGAAGUUAUAUACUUAAAUAACCAUUUCAAUUUUGUUUUUAUUAUAGUUGGAUGCAAAAAUACAUGUAUACAUAUUUUAAAAUCUUUGAUAGAAUUAAAAGAAGCAAUACAGAACAAUCCUAAUAUGGCAAUAAUUCCUGCACCAACAUUUGAUCUCUUACCAAGAUUACCAUUCGAAAACGUAGAAGAUUUGGAUGACUUUGAUGAGAGGUUGGGAGAUCCUAGAGAAGCUGAUAUAGCUGAUCAAUUUGAAAAAUUAUUAGCUUCAAAAGGAGGAAACACUCUUUCAAAAAUCGUGAGUAAAGCCAUGUCUGCUUUUAUAACAGACGAGCUGUGCAAAAAAAUAACAUGGACUGGAGUAAAAGAUACUUUAAAAGCUGAAAUUAUGAAUUUUCCUUCUAUAGUGAUAAAAGUUGUAUGAAAACAAUUUGCUUGUAAAGAUUCAGAAGCUGAAGAGCAAAUUAAAGAUUGGCUGCGCGGUCAUCUGACCGUAUUGCACAAGCAGCGAAAACUCAACGUAAUAAAAUGAUGCGGCAGGAACGUAGACUACAAAGACGUGGAAAUCGUCAAAAUGAAAACUAAAAUGUCAGACUGAGAUUUUAAAUUAUAACUAUAUUUAACAUUAUUUUGAAAGUAUUGUGUUUAGUUCUGAGUUUAAAUUUGUU